AUGGUAACCAGGUAUGGCUCAUUUGAAUAUCGUGUAAUGCCAUUCGGAUUGACGAAUGCACCUGCAACGUUUUGCAACCUGAUGAAUUAUGUGUUCGCGGAGUAUAUCGACCGCUUUGUAAAUGACUAUGUCAUUUACAGUGAGACUUUGGAAGAGCAUGCGAUGCAUCUUCACAAAGUGUUUGCAAAGCUUAGGGAAGAAAGUUUGUAUGUGAAGAAGGAAAAGUGUGAGUUUUCCCAGACCACAAUUACUUUCCUUGGCCAUGUGAUAUCGCAAAGGUGCGUACAUAUGGACCAUAAAAAGGUAGAGGCCAUUAUGGAUUGGACAGAACCUAAAAAUCUUGGAGAGAUUCGUUCCUUCUUGGGUUUAGCUAACUACUACCGGCGUUUCAUAGAUGGCUAUUCAAAGAAAGUAGCCUCGUUGACAUAUUUAUCGAGGAAGGAGAAAUCAUGGGCAUGGACUGAUGAGUAUCAGCGGUCAUUUGAUGCAUUAAAGGAAGCGGUCUCGACAGAACCAGUUUUCGCUUGCCUAGCAUCGAUUUACCAUUUGAAGUGCACACUGAUACUUCAGGCAGGGAUCUAG